ACACAGGCCCUCUGACUCAACAAGCUGAAGCAACUGUUGCUACAGACUGGAAAAAAAAAUUGACUCCAGAGCAAUUCUAUGUUACAAGAGAAAAAGGAACUGAACCGCCAUUUAGUGGGAUCUAUCUGAAUAACACAGAAUCGGGAAUAUACUACUGCGUGUGCUGCAACGCCCCACUGUUCAGCUCAGAAAAGAAGUACAAUUCUGGGACUGGAUGGCCGUCAUUUUCUGAGGCUUAUGGUACUUGUGGCAGAGAUGAAAGUAAUACCAAUAUCAAGAGACGACUAGAUAACUCAUUGGGAUCAACUAGAACUGAAGUUGUCUGCAAACAGUGUGAUACUCAUCUAGGCCAUGUGUUUGACGAUGGUCCCACACCUUUUGGGCAGAGGUUCUGUAUCAACAGUGUUUCAUUAAACUUCAAACCAGGCUCUAGUCA